AUGGCUCCCUCGUCUGACACAACACUGGGCCUGCUCGGAACAGGCAAGAUCGGGUCGGCUGUCUUCACGGGCUUCUGCAGCGCCAACGGCUGGCAGCCCAAGCAUGCAUACAUUUCAGCGCGUACCAAGGCCAAAGCAGAGGCGCUCGUGACCAAAUUUCCAGACCGUGUGAGCUUCAGUGCGUCCAACCAUGAGAUCGUGGAAAAGAGCGAUGUGAUCUUCAUCGGUUUACUCCCAACCGUAGCUCGUGAGGAACUGCCCAAGCUUUCGUUUAUUGGCAAGAAAGUGGUGUCUAUGAUGGCUACAAUCCCAUACGAUGAGUUGCUGCAGCUUGUCAAGCUGCCCACGGAAAGUGUCGUGCGUUCGGUGCCGCUGCCCGUCGCGGCCAAGCGCACCGGUCCUGUCUUAGCUUAUCCGGACAAUGCCUUUGCGCGCGACCUGUUUGCUCAGAUUGGCACGCCUGUCAUGGUGAUGCAGGAGGAUGAGAUUACAAAGCUCACAUGUGUUACAGCACUCAUCUCGUUCUUCUACGCCACGUGCGACACGACACAGCAAUGGUGUGUCAACAACGGCGUCGGUGACCAAGCUUCUCGUGACUAUAUUGCGUCCUUCUUCCAUUCGCUGGCAACGGCUGGAGCUGAGUCUACUGAGAGAUUUGGCGAAAUGGCCGAUGAGGCAGCUACUUCUGGCGGACUGAAUGAGCAGGUGCACUGCGCGUUGCAAGGCAACGGCGGCUACGAACUCGUGGCGGACCAGAUGGACGCCAUCUUCAAGCGUCUGUCGGGAACUGACCCAGUCCCACGCCCAACACGCAGCUAA